AGGCGACCGUGGUCUGAUCGAAAGGAUUGGCUGCCUCGUUUCAGUUACGGAACAUGAGUGGCUCUAAUUGGUGGGAGGUUUAGUCAUGUGCGCUACCCCUCCAAUCAACAGAAACGUUUUGUAAAGCGCUAAAGUUGUGCAGACAUUACUUUAUCAGUGGAUCUCAAAAUAGUAGACAGUCUCGCGUUUCUAGUAAUUUUUGUUAUUUUAUUGAUACGGGUUUUUACUUUUUAUCAAAAUGCCCGAGGACAGCGGCAAAGAGCUCACCAUGGUAACAUGCAGUGCGCCUGUGAAUAUUGCUGUUAUCAAAUACUGGGGGAAGAGGGAUGAAGAGUUGAUUCUACCCAUAAAUUCAUCUUUGAGUGUCACAUUACAUCAAGACCAGCUCAAGACGACCACAACAGUGGCGUGCAGCAGGUUGUUCCAGGAGGAUCGUAUCUGGCUCAACGGCAAAGAGGAGGACAUAACCCAGCCCAGACUACAGUCCUGCCUUAGGGAGAUUCGCCGCCUGGCCCGUAAGCGACGUAGUGAUGGGGAGGCUGAUGUAGACACGGCCGGUUUGUCCCAUAAAGUCCACAUCUGCUCUGUCAACAACUUCCCAACUGCAGCCGGACUGGCCUCUUCUGCUGCCGGCUAUGCCUGUCUGGUGUACACCCUGUCCCGGGUGAUGGGAGUGGAGGGGGAGUUGUCUGUGGUUUCUAGGCAGGGUUCAGGCAGUGCCUGUAGGAGUAUGCAUGGGGGCUUCGUCCAGUGGAUUAUGGGCCAGCAAGGAGAUGGCAAGGACAGUCUGGCCCAACAGGUGGAGCCAGAGACUCACUGGCCUGAGCUCAGGGUCCUUGUACUGGUGGUCAGUGCUGAGAGGAAACCAGUUGGCAGCACUUCUGGCAUGCAAACUAGUGUAGAGACGAGCAUUCUCCUGAAGCACCGGGCAGACUCUGUGGUCCCAGCCAGGAUGAAGGAGAUGAUUGAGGCUGUACAUAAGAGGGACUUUACUGCAUUCGCUGAACUGACCAUGAAGGACAGCAAUCAGUUCCAUGCCACUUGCCUGGACACCUACCCACCCAUCUUCUACCUCAACGACGUGUCGCGCUGUGUUAUCAACCUUGUGCACCGCUAUAACCGUCACUACAGGGAAACAAAGGUGGCAUACACAUUUGAUGCAGGUCCCAAUGCAGUGAUCUACACUCUACAGCAGAAUGUGGAAGAGUUUGUCCAGGUGGUCAAACACUUCUUCCCACCAGAGACCAAUGGAGGACAGUUUCUAAAGGGUCUUCCGGUUGCCCCAACAACACUAUCUGAGGAGCUGAAGCAGGCCAUUGGUAUGGAGCCCAUGGUGAAGGGAAUCUGCUAUAUAAUCAGCACUAAGGCUGGACCUGGACCUCGCGUGGUGGAGGACCCUAGUGAGCAUCUGCUUGGAUCUGACGGGCUGCCCAAGGAGAGUGCAUGAUACAAGCCAGCCUCCCAGCUGGGCAGAGACAGAACUCUUUGAUGCAAAGAAAGACCAGACAUAUUAACAAUCAACAAUUCCAAUUCAGUCAAUUGGAUACAUACAUAGCUGUAGUCAUAAAAGGGGCAAUCUGCAGUUGCUAUAUCAAUUUUUGGACUUAUAAAUGUAUUAUAUGUAACCAUUGAAGAAGAUAACUGAUAAAUGCUGCAUGAGUUUAGUUCAACUGUCGUACCCCAUCAGAACUCAAAAUAUAAGCUUGUUUUACUACAAUGUUUGUAAACCAAGUAAAUGUAAACAAACGUUUAAAACAUGGUUAUAACUAUAAUUUUGAUAUCAUGCAUGGUCAGUCCUUGCAUCCAUAGCACCGUCUAAUUUUGAGUGGUUACAUUUCUCCUGCCCCAUCCCUCAGCUUUUUACCAAAACAAAGGAUUGCCCCUUUAACUGGAGCGAAACAACCACACACAGCUGAAUACCUCUAACACUGUUGACUAGUGAUUCAUUCGGACACUUUUCCUAUUGCGAGUUUGGAUUAAAUGUUUUGUAAUGUUAAAGAUGUAGAGAUGCCUUGUGAGAAUGAUCAGAAAUGUUUUAGUACUUUGAUAACUGUGAACUCUGUUGAUUUGAUUCAAGUAGAUUAUGUAAUUAUGUACAUGAUUAUGUCCAUGUUAUUAAAAUAUAAUGGUUAACAGUCACCUUUAGAGUGAGUGAAUCAUAAGAAUCUAAUUGAAAUUGUUAACCAUUCAAAAGGAUUAUAAAUUACAGUAUUGAGAACGAUGUCAGUGCUUUAGUAUAAGAGCUGGAUAUAUAGCCUUCAUGUCAUCUUCAGAGGUGGCACCACAGGCCCCAGAGUGGUGGGGGCAUUUUUUUUUCUCCUGAUGGUAACCAGGUAAAACUACAAAAACUCUACAACCUAGUUGUAGCAGGGACCUUAAGGGUUGCCCUAUUGCCUGGGGCAAGUGAACUGAGCAGUCGGGCAAGUUGAGUCUGCUUUAAAGUUGCCCCAGCUAAAAAUGUUUUACUGAAAACAAAACUGUAAGGAAUUCCAAUAGGCAUAGCCUAAAACUGAUCUUUCUGCUUCAUCCCCCAUUGUUUAAGUCAGGGUGUCACGGCAGAUUUCCUCUGAAGAGGUGUAGCAAGGAUCGGACCAAAAUGCAGCGUGGCGGCCAUCCGAGGGGAGCAGUGGGAGCCCAUCCUGCCCUGGAAGGAGAGUGCCCGUAAGCCGGUGGGAGAGAGCAUCAAGCUCCCUCCCCAGAACCCUCCACCACGCCCACCCGCAGAGAUGCGCAGGAAACGGGCAGAGGACCUGGAGGCGGCUGCCUAUGUCAACCCCAUCGCUGUCACUGCCAAUGAUGACUAGAUCCGCUUACUGUUCCUCCUUCAGGCCUGUUGGGCUAAGCUCACUCAGGUUAGCUUAUGGUUCCACUGAGCCCCAACCAAAACAGAUCUACAGUGGAGCCCCACCCAGGCCAUGCUCAGUCUCGACUGCCUUUGGCUGAGGGCCGAAUCCUAAAUUGAGAUGGAUAAGCUUGCAUAACUUAGGUUUUAUGUAAAUUGGGAAUUGGCGUCAAUGGGAAUUUUUUAUGGACUGGUAUCAAGUUAGGAAUCAGGCCUCGGAGAGUAGAGGGUUGUGGAGAGGACACACUGCUGCUGAUGUUUGAUGAUGUAUAAGGGAUUGUAUUGAACUGAGAUGUUGCUGCGCCUUAGUUACUGCAAAAGGGUUGUGUCCUAUAUCUCUGCACCACCUGCCACAUCUCUUUCAGUUAUAAUUUUGGUCCCCAAAAGGCUUUGGAAUGUAAAUGGAAAAGUUUGUAUUCUUGUUGCGACAGUAACUUAUUUUGAGAGCAAUUGAACAAAUGGAUAUCUAUUUCUCUUUUUGGUCGGUUUACUAUGUCAGUGGUCAACUAGCUGUAUUCUGGACAGUUGUGUAUUCACCUCUCUACAAAAUAAUGUAUGUCUAUGUUUUAUGCUUGUUAUGCUUUUGAUACAAUCUGAAAAUAAACAUACAGUGCCUUGCGAAACUA